CAGAUUCACGUGUUUAUUUCAGACUUGAGCGACUGAAUUAUUUUAAUAUUUUGGAAAUAUUGUAGAAUUUAAGGUACACCGACACAUAAAAUAAAUUAUAGAACAAAGAUAAUGGCAGAAGAAACUUAUAUCGAACUAACAAAACGCUGUACACCUGUGACAAAGAACGAAAUAGCUCAUUUAUCAUGGCGAAACUCCGUACUAGCUGUGCGUAAAAGCAAACGUUUGCAUUUUCUCGAAUAUGGGUAUAAUUUGGAGUGUUUAGACAGAAAUCUUGACUUUGCUGAGAGUGCUUUAGUCAGCCCUACAACUAGUCCUGCCACAGAAGUGUGUAAAGCAAAUUUCUUAAAGUCAGAAAUGAGAAACGCCGAUUUCACAGACAUGUUGCUAGAUUCAGCGUUUUGGCCUCACAAUCAAGCUCUUACCCAAGAAAUGACGAGCAUAACUAUGUGCAAGUGGUCUCCACAAGACUUUCUGAAGAGUAAUUCUGUUCUGGCAGUCUUAAAUAAUAUUGGAGGAGUAGAAUUCUUUGUCAAAGAUAGAAUAGUAUGGAAAAGCAUUCUGAACUUGUCACCCUACAUUACAAAACUUCUAGAGCACAACAAAAAGCCAGGAUACUUUGAGGAACUCAAGGAAUCUGUUUAUAUUCUUGAAACAUCCGCCAUUUGCUGGGCUCCGGAGUUAAACUCCGAUGAUUCCUGCUGCUUCGUCACAGCACAGAAGAAUGGUAUACUUCUAUUUUGGCAAUUAUUCAGUAGUAUGAAUGAACCGCAACUAAUUGGAUAUGUUACUACAAAUAUGGAAGAUAUGAGUCUCAUACGGUGGAUACCGAAAUCAGAAGACAGCUUUUUCAUAGUCAGCACGAAUCUAACGGGACAAAUAUCUGCUUUCGAUUUGAAAUUAGAAUCUGAUGGCAUUAAGCUUCUAAAAACUUGUCCGCUUUGGCCACAUAAGGACAGAAUGACGGCAGUAGCCUUAAAAUAUUUAAAAAUGAAUGAUAAAAUAAUUUUUAUCACUAGCAAACAUAGACAUUUGUUGGUACAAGCCAUUGAUAAUGAUGGCAACAUUCUUAGUCAAUAUUUAAAUAAUAUCAAUGAUCAUCGAAUAUCGGACAUUGUUUAUUCCUGCGAUGGCAUUUACGUAACAGCAGUAAAUGUUGCAAUUUAUAAAGUUAAUGUUACUCUGUCUGCUAAUUUAAAAGUAGACCUUAUCCCUCUAGUCAUUAAGGAACCUUAUCCAUUGUACGAACUGUACAGUCUACGAUUCUCACCGAACAAUGUAAUGUGCGCUUUAGCUAUGGUUGAACGCAAAGUACAAGCUAGAAAAGAAGCUCUUAAGUUAGAAAUAAUAUUUAUUGGCAAAGAAAUGAAACCAGAAUGUAUGCUUGAUACUCUAUUAUCAAAUCCAACGAAGAAAUUGACGCACUAUUGGGAUUGUGUUGAAUUAUUACGGUUUCAAAUUACUAAAUUAAAGUGGAUGCCAAAAUUGGACUAUAAUGAACUUUAUGCAUCAGGUGCACGAGAUAUUUAUAAGCUUAAAAUCUAUUUAAUCCUCCUAACUUACAUUUCUGGAUUAAGGAAAGUUUUACGCUUAGUUGACAUUACAUUACCGGAGACUUCCACGGAUGUUGUGAGAGAAAAAAUCCUCUAUUUACAUGCAAAUCAGUUAUUAGACAGUUUAUGCACAAAAUGCCAAGAUGAGGGUCAAUUAAGUGAUCUAGAUAUGGAGUCUCUAUACGGUACAAAGAAAUAUUUGGAAUAUUAUUCGAAGAAAUAUAAAACGGAGAUUCAAUUAGAUCAAAAUGUGUUAAAUGCGUUAGAAAAUUCCUGUGAAUAUGUGUGUCAGUGCUGUGAUGAACAAAUUGAAGGUUUUACGUGUAAAAGUGGACAUUUAAAUAUGUUUUGUAUGGCAACAUUUACUCCUAUUACAUCAGAUGAUUAUUUAACAUGUCAGUGUUGCAAUGCUACAUCUAGAGCUGAUUUAGAAAUUGAAAAUCCUAUAUGCGUGUUCUGCGAUUUGUAUUUGGUUAAACCUGAUUAAAAUAUUUAAACAUAAAAGAAA